AUGAAUGCCAAUAGGUGUGUUUCACCUCCCCAGAUUUCUCCUUUUCAACCCCUCUCUCUCUCUCUCUCUCUCUCUCUCUCUCUGAAACCACGGCGUACGACAGAAGGGGGUGGGGGAAGGCGGCGACUCCUCCUCUCCUCCCACCAACCCCCACCAUCGUCGCCCUUCCUCUCUGCCGAUCGGACCAAGCUACCGACGGUCGUCACCAUCGAACUGCGCCGAUCCUCGUCGAUUAAAUCACCUCGCCUGAUCUGUACGGACUCUCCCUCUCAGCCGAUCUUGCCCUUGUAUCCCGCCGGACGUCGUUUUAACACGCCGACUAUCGUCAACCAACGUUCUCGGCCCAACCACCAUUUGCCGUCGAUCUGCCUUCGCAAGGGCCGUCUGUUCAGGUUUCGGAUCGAUUGCUGCUGUGCUAGGGUUUCAAUGUUGAGUUCGUUUUGUCUUCCACCCAAAGGGCUUACGUGGAUUUGUGGCCAUGGAGGAUCUAUCAGAGAUAUAUGAGAAGUGAGAACGCUCCAUGAAUUAGCCACUAAGGUACCC